AUGUCAAACCAACAGCAGCAGCAACAGCAGCAGCAGCAGCAGCAGCAGCAGCAGUGUGUGCUGCGUCUUCAUCCUUACGUUCAGCAGUAUGCUUGGGGCUGUCCUUCACAUUCUUCUCUCGUUGCUGCUGUUGCUAAAACCACCGCUGCAUGUGUCAACUACAAACCCCAGCAGCAGCAGCAGCAGCAGCAGCAGCAGCAGCAGCAGCAGCAGCAAGGGAAUGAGGGUCCCUUUGCAGAGCUUUGGAUCGGGGCUCAUCCUAAUGGCUGCUCAGCUGUAGCGCCAGUUGAAGAGGAGGCCCUCUGCCCGCCUGCUGCUGCUGCUGCUGCUGCUGCUGCUGCUGUAACAGGAAAAGGAGCAGCAGCACCAGCAGCAGCAGCAGCAACAACAGCAAAACCCGAGGCAAGUCAUCCUGAUAAAGCUCUUGCUGCUGUGCUGCAGCAGCAGCAGCCUCAAGAAUUUAGAGAUGCAAAUCACAAGCCAGAGAUGAUUGUUGCUGUCGGCGACUUUGCUGCUUUGGCCGGCUUCCGUGCUGCAGCAAAUUUCGCGUUGCUGCUGCAGCAAACAAAAGAGCUGCAGCAAGCGCUUGGAGACAACUUCUUGCUGUCUCCUGAAGGUACAUAUCUAUUACAACUCAAGCAGCAGCAGCAGCAGCAGCAGCAGCAGCAAGAAGGAGUGGAGGAGGCCUCAGAGAAAGCAAUAAAAGCAGCAUUUGCUGCUCUCUUAAGAGCUGAUGCAUAUCACAAGCAGCUGCAGCAGCAGCAGCAGCAGCAACGACAAGAGCAGCAGAAGCAAGCUCUAAAAGACCUGCAUGCAAGGCUUAUCAAAAACCCUCCACCACAGCCCUCUCAACAGCAGCAGCAGCAGCAGCAGCAGCAACAGCAGCAGCAGCAGCAGCAGCAGGAAGCAGAGUGGGUUGCGCUGCAGCUUUUAUCUUGUUAUCCUGAUGAUGUUAGCUGUUUUGCUGCUUUCUUUCUCAACUUAGUUUUGCUGCGAGACGGAGAGGCUCUCUUCAUCCCUCCUAACUAUAUACACUGCUAUAUCAAAGGGCAUGGCAUAGAGUUAAUGUCUGCUUCAGAUAAUGUAAUUAGGGGCGGUCUAACAUCAAAGAAAAUUAUAAAAGAUUUGCUGCUGCAGUCGCUCUGCUUCAACCCGCGCAUGCAAAGCCCUAAGAAAAUUUCUACGAUUGCUCUCCCGCUGCAGCAGCAGCAGCAGCUGCACCUUCUGCAGCAACUCACAGUCAAGCAGCAGCACGAGCAGAUACUCCAAGACCUCCACCAGCAGCAGCAGCACCAGCAGCAGCAGCACCAGCAGCAGCAGCAGCAGCAGCAGCAGCAGCAGCAGCAGCAGGAAUGCGUUUUAUACGCUCCUCCUCUUUGGGAGUUUCCCGAAUUCUGUGCUGCGAGAAUUUGCCUCCAGCAAAACGUCAAACGUUCCUUCGCGCUGCUGCACCGAACGCACGGAGUGCUGAUGGUGUUGUCUGCUCCUUGGCCUACAACUAUGAGCGUCAGCAGCAGCAGCAGCAGCAGCAGCAGCAGCAGCAGCAGCAGUAUGUGUGUGCGUCUGCGUGCUGGCGAUAUUUUCUUCAUUGCUGCUGGGUCGACUGUCACUCUGGAAUCAUCAAAUAAGCAGCAACAAGAAGAGAGACAGAGCAAGCAAGGCAGCAGCAGCAGCAGCAGCAAGGACUUCAUAUCCGAUUUGCUGCUGCAGCUGCAGCAGCAGCAGCAAUACAACAACAGUUUCUUCGCCUUCCUUGUGACAGGUGGAUUGACGCAGCAAGUGCUGCAGUAG